AUGCACUCUCCCCCCAAAAAAACUCUCUAGCAAUACACACCAAACUGAGCAUGUGCACAGGGUCUCUACACGAUAUGUCUUAUCAAGAGAUAAGAGGGAGGCACUGGAAGAAGGGAGGAUCAGAGAAGUCAGGAUCAAACAGCAUUUUUUACACAAUGCAGAGGAUUAACCCCUUAGGUUCCACAGCGAGUAUAUCAAGCAUGCUUUACUGCAUAUACAGACUGAUUUUACUGUUGUGGGUUUAGUAACACUUUAAGCUUGGAAGUAACUGAAGAAAUGUAAAAAAAAAAAGUUAA